UCAUUAUAAUUUUGGUUUUUAUUUUACAAAAUUUGCAGUUUUCUUUAAAUUAGAUUUCCGAAAAUUAAAAAUCAUAAUUGCAAUGAGUCAACAAACUCUUCAAAAAGCAAUGGGCGACUCGAUGAAUAAAGUUAAAAACGAUUUGUUGGACAUACCCAUUGCUUGCCAAUAUGGAAAUUUAUGUUCCAACGAUACACAUCGUAUACACAAUGAAAAUGCCAACUGGUUAACAGAACGAAAAGAUAAACUACCCAUAUGGAGUCGUCUUAAACCUAUUAAUUGUGCAGGUCAAUCAAGACAGAUGAUGUAUUCAAAGGAUAAAGAUUAUGAAAUUGAAAUACCAGGACGAUUACUAUCCAUUUUUGGUACUAUAUCUCAGCAAACAAGUUUAAACAAUAAAAUGAAAAAUAUGGAAAACUAUCAGUUGGUGGGAAAUAUUUUAGCUUUGUGUGCUGCUCUUAGUUGCAAUUUCUUAAAUUGGUCGAUAAAUUUAUUAGAUAAAAUUAUGACAAAGGCUACACAACUGUAUCCAGAGUUGUUAAGAAGAUUAAAUAUUACGGAUAAAGAAUUCAACUAUAGUCAUUUGAAUCAAUUCUAUCAGUUUGAAAAUACUGAUUAUCAAGUCCAAGUCCAGCAAGUUGCCACAGGUUAUUUGUAUAUUCGUUACGGUUUGAAUGAAUUUAAUUUAGCCAGAGCUUUAACAUGGUUUUUUCGGAACUAUCAAUUUGGUCUGCUAAAAUGCUGUAAUCGUACUUUAGCUUUUGGUUUUACUUUCGACACCAAUUAUGGAUUCUUUAUGUUCGAUUGCCAUAGCAGGGAGUUUCCUUUAUUUGAAAAUCAGCAAACCACUUCAUAUAUUCUAAGGACACAUCAUUUGCAAAUUUUACUUUACUGUCUAAUAAUGACCCUUAAUAUUUCCACUGAAAUGAUGAAAUUUUAUAUAUAUAAUGUUGACAUUAGAAUAUUAAAUUCUUUGGAAACCAAAAGCCUUAGGAAAGAGAUAUACGUGCCAACGAUAGUAACGAAGAAAGAGGUAGAAAAGAAAGUUGACUGCGGAACCAUACACAAAAGGAGUAAUAAUAAAGCAAUACCCAAUACACCCUGUAAAACUGCAAAAACUUUUACUACAACAACCGCAUUAAAAGCUUCCACUUCAUUAGCACCAAAACUUCCCAAAAAAUCUAAUCCUGACACUAAAACAAAGCCUUUAAAAUCUGAGACAUUAAAAAGUGAAAAUUCUCAAAAGAAAAUUCCUCUCGAUCCCAAUAAAACUUAUUACAUCAUAGCAGUUCCAAAGGAAUCCAAUAUUAUUAUAGCAAAAUCUACAUCCAAACUAAACUGUUCUUCUCAGAAAGAUAUUAAUGCAAAAACUGAGAAAUCUGUAGAAAAAACUGAUCAAAAUGUUAAAGUAAAUUUACACCGUAUCAAUACCCUUAAACCCUCAGAAGCUGAUGAACAAACCGACACCCAACUAUUUCAAGAAAGUGAGUCGGAAACAAUUUACUUAGAUAAAACUGCUAGUUCAAGCACCUUAACACCAGAUCCUACAGAAGGAAAUUAUUCAAAUCCUUUGGGUUUAAAACUAUAUUUGGUAGAUAACCGUAAUAAUUGUAAAUGAUUGAAAUAAAAAAUUCGCUGUACCAUUUCUAAAGUUCGUUUAAACAAAAUAAAAAAAUUU